CAACAACAAUUCCAUGGAGUUUUUCCUGACAACCUUCCAGUUGACACUAAUUCCCCAAUGUUUUUCUAUAAACUCGAUUUCUUUGACAUCACCCUGUUCCGGUAUAUAGAUGAUGGCUUUGCCAUAAUCAGAACUACCAAACAUGAUAACCUUCCCUGGUCUAAAGAGACAUUCAAUCUUUUGAAACCAUACAUUGACAUUAAACUUCAUCAGAUUUAUGCCUCUUGUCAAAGUCUUAAUAUCACUAUCGACCAUGGUAACAAUGGUCAACAAGUAGUUAUGCUCGACCUUCUUAUUUCUGUCGAUAACAAUACUAGUCCAACCCGAUUUACUAUUGCUCCUUUCGACAAACCCGUUAAUAAACACCUAUACACUGAUCCAGAUACAUACUACCCUAGGAAAUAUGUUUUUAACUGGAUUAAUGGUGAAAACCAAAGACUAAUUAGAAACUCUAGUCAGUCUUCUUUCCACACCCAUGCCACAGCACAAUUUGCCCAACAUCUUCUUAAUAGAAACUACCCCUCACAUGUAAUCAACAAUCAACUCAGAUUACACUCAUACGAUGAACGGAAUACUCUUUUGUACCCGGCACCCUCGUCUCAGAAAAAUGAUACUAUUAUCAAAAAAAUGUUCCUCCAUAACAUCCCUGGACGUGACAAACUUGAACAGUUUGGACGUAUGAUUCUACGAGAUAUCCAUACCCUCAAACCUGCCCGUUAUGAGAAUACACAAACCACAUGGAUAAUUUAUAAAGGCUCCAACCUGCGCAACCAGUUGAACACCUAUAAUAAAAAGAUUCUCCAAUCCGCCCCAAUAAGGAGUCGAUUGUAG